GGCCGUCAGCGGGCGACGUGGUUCGAAUUCUCGAAUAUUCCGCCAAGGCGAGCAACAGGGGAACUUGAAGUCAACUUCGUGGACAGCAGCAUUGAAACACAACACGAGUGGUCUCAAAAUCGACAUGCUUGGAGGAUGUCCCGCCAGAUUUCAAUCCGUACCCAUCCCUCACCGACUUCGAGCGCUGCGCUUGCCUACAGUGCCAGAGAACAUGUAGGGGAUCAACGGCCGAAUGUCAUGUCAGACCUCGAUGAUAUCGGCCUCGAGGCAGGACGCCGAAAUCCCGGAUUCUGAAGAAAUACGCAAGGAAGAUUCCAGAUACGUGCGGCAAAUCUGACCCGAAACCUGGCUCGGUUAGCUGUGAUCAGCUCU